CUCAACCCUUUGCAGAAGGAUGGGAGAAAAAAAACAACUCUCUCUCUCGCUCUUACCCUCUACUGAAGAUUGAGAUAUUUAGAAAAAGCUCAUUCGGCCCCUAUCUCUGUCAGUCUCCACAGGGUCAGUGUGUGUGUCUGUUCUCUUCUAUUCCACUGGACACCAAGGAGAACAGGCAGGAAGUUAGGGACUGUGGCCGAGAGGGAAAAGAAGGAAACAUCGUUAAAAAUUAGAAGACCUAAACCUUGGAGCUAUCAGAUCUCAGUCAACAACAACAAGAGGAGGACAGGAACCCAAACUCCUGUCUGACUACAGGCGGAACCAUGAGCAUCACCACCUAUGAGUGAGUGAGGGAGGAGGGGGGAAACAUUACACUGCGACACCACUGUGCAGGCUCCUGUCACCUGGGCUUUGAGGUGAGAAGAAAGGAGAAUAUUGGAAAUCAAAGGAGAGGAAACCGAGGAGCACUAUGAGGUGUUUGCUGCUGGGCUGGGGCCUGGUGCUGUGGGCCGCGGUGCUGUGGGCCGCGGUGCUGUGGGCCGCGGUGCUGAUGCCAGGCACGAGGGCAGCAAGUGCUCCCGGAGGAGGUGGAGGAAGGAACCAGAGGCGAGGAGGAGGGAGAGGAGGAGAAGGAGCAGCAGGCGACAAACAGAGAAGGCUUCACCGCGUGCAGCACGGUCGAUGCAGCUACACCUUCGUGCUGCCGGAGAUGGAGAGCUGCCAGGACAGCCACGUCCAGCAGGGCGGCGCCAGCGUGCUCCAGAAGGAUGGACCCCCGACCCCCGGCCAGAAAGACUGGCUGAAGGAGAGACUGCAGCACCUGGAGACGUCCAUGGAGAACAACACACACUGGAUCCAGAAGUUGGACAGCUACCUCCAGGAGAAGAGCAGGCUUGAGAGGGCCCACAUCCAGAGUCAUGCUGUCCACAACCAGACGGCCACCAUGCUGGAGCUGGGUAGCAGCCUGCUCACACACACCGCAGAGCAGACACGCAACCUCAACACUGUCGAGGCCAAGGUGCUAAACCGGACGUCCAGGAUAGAGAUGCAGCUCCUUGAGAGCUCCCUGUCCACCAGAAAGCUGGAGAAGGACCUGAUGGUGCAGACCUCUGAGCUGAGCAGACUGCUGAACAGGAACAGUCGCCUGGAGAGCCAGGUGCAGGUGUUGGAGACUCAGCAGAGAGGCGACCUGGAGAACAUGAGACAGGACAAGGGGAAGCUGCAGGUGCUGGUUCAGACCCAGACAGAAGCUAUUCAGGCCCUGCAGAAACAGCUGCGGGUUGCAAGUAGCAACAACACCGCCAUGCAGAGGCAACAGCAGCAACUCAUGGAGUCUGUCCACAAACUUAUUGCCAUGGUGACCACAGAAACAGUGCCAUUUCGCAGAGGACAGAGACACAGGGACUGUGCGGACGUCUACAGAGCAGGUCACAGCACCAGUGGUCUGUACCACAUCUACAUAGGCAACAUGACGGAGCCCACCAGGGUGUUCUGUGACAUGGAGACCAGCGGAGGGGGCUGGACCGUGUUCCAGCGCCGGGUCAACGGCAGCUUGGACUUCCAGAGGAGCUGGGAGGAGUACAAACUGGGCUUUGGGGACCCCUCUGGUGAGCACUGGCUGGGUAACGAAUUAGUGUACCAGCUGACUACCCACGCCCAGUACGCCAUGAGAGUGGUGCUACAGGACUGGGAGGGUCACGCCCCUUAUUCUCACUACGACAAGUUCCAGCUGGGCAGCGAGAAGCAGCACUACAGGUUGUUUCUGAGGGGCUACAGUGGCACUGCGGGGGAGCAGAGCAGCCUAGCCUCCCACGGCAGCAGCUUCAGCACCAGGGACCAGGACAACGACAACUGCCUCUGCAAGUGUGCCCUGAUGCUGACCGGAGGGUGGUGGUUUGACGCGUGCGGUCUGUCCAACCUGAACGGUAUCUACUACACCAUGGGCCGCAACAUACGCAAGCUCAACGGCAUCAAGUGGCACCAUUUCAGAGGGCCCAGUUACUCCCUCCGCUUCACAGCCAUGAUGCUCCGCCCUGCCACGUUCUAGACCCCACCCACUUCACCUUAAACCUCUGGAGGAGGGGAGAGGAGAGGGGAGGGGGAACAGUUAAUAGACGGUUAAUAGGUCAAACUUGUGCUAUGCAUUUCAAAUGAAUUAGACUCGUCUGCGGUGCAUAUUAUAUUGCACAUAACCGUGUAGCAUUUAUGCUUUAAAUGUGCUGAUGUUUUUCAAAUAUUUUUUUAAUGCCAUGUUUUGAGAUUCAACUUCUUUUUUCACCCUCAAAUUAUGCACUUUAAGACGUGAGGUGAAGUGGGAAUGCAACAUGCCUGGCUGGCAACAGCAUUCACUGAGAAACUAUUUUACCGUCUGUUCAAGGCGGGAAGGAUGCGCCUAUAUGUCGCCUGCAGUUCUGUAUAAUAGGGAUGAACACAGAACGGGGGUCAUUGUUGUACCUGAGCCGACAGCGGAGGCCGAAUCCGCAUCCAAAUGCCGAAGAAGAUUGUGAACAGAAAGUAUUUCCUUUCAGCUCCUCUCUGUGGUUGAGACGAGUUGUUUAUUUUUAUGUUUAAUUUUCUAUGUAUAAAUGUAUUUUUUGUUGUUGAGGUUUGGCGUAACAAAAACACUUUGAUUUCACAAUAUAAUGUUUUAGGCAGGUUUGGGAAAACACGUUGUUCAGGAGGAUCCUUCCCAAAAUCAGCUUCCCCAUAAAUAAAACCAGGACUCUGCUCACUCACUGACCUCAAAUUCUUGCAAAUAGCUUUCUGAGUCAGUGCAUGAAAGUAAUGUGACCACUGAGGACUGUACCCAGGAAGUCACAUGACCACUGGGGACCGUACCCAGGAAGUCAUGUGACCACUUGAGAUGGUCCAUGAUGACUAGUCAGGGUACAUCAGCACACUACAGCUACAAAAGAAUGGCCUAAUGGACUACUCUGAAGGACAACGACCGUGAAGGUCAUCUGUUGGCAUAGUUUAUGCUGGUCAUGUAAUUUCCCGGUGUUGUGCGCAUAUGAGUGUGAUAAGAACUUUUUACAUGUUGAUGAAGUUAAUAACCUCCAUAUGGUAGUUCAAACUCUCUCUUGGAUGCUGAUGCUAUCACAGUCUGUCCACUGGUCCAAUCCAGCUAGUGAACUUACCCGAAGACUUGUGACUAAGGACAAGGGGUUGGCCUGGAUUUUGAAAGGUCGGCCUUGUUACCAUUACUCUUGUUUCUCUUUCAGAGAGCUGGAGAACUCCAACUGAGACAGAGACAAAGACUGGUUUCCCGGAAGAAGAAACCAGUAAAAAAAAAAUCCACAUUAAAAUCCAAUCACGUUAAUGUAGAUUGAACAACAGCUUUUAUUAACAAUUGAAUAUGAUAGCCCACCAAUCAUCCAUUAUAGAGAAGUUAACGGUACUAUAAUUGAAUCAUGUUUGCCAAACUUAGCCACAAGGAGGCAGUAUUAUGUUGUUUCUACUUCUUUGCCAGACAGCAGAGUCUGAGAGCCUGCUGAACAGGGUACUGAUGCUGUGGUAACUGAGGCCGGAACACAUUAUCAGCCUGUCACAAACAGCAGGGGGAAAACGUCUUGGCUCUGGAGUGAACUCAAUCUUCACUCUCAUUUUAUUCUUUGGCCGUUUUUUUUGUUUUUGUUUUUAUUUACGUCAUACCUGACAAUCACACCAUGGCAACAGGUCUUUCCAGGAGCUUCGGCUUAAUGUUAUGUAUCAUGUAACCAAUGUAUAACAAACUAUCAGGUCAAAAUCACCAUGAGUGUUUGUGUGUGUUCCUAGGUGUCUGUGUGUGUGUGUGUGUGUGUGUGUGUACCUCAAAUAGAGAAACCCAGCUAUGUUGGCCUCUCAACCUUUUUUCCAAGACACGUCAGAAGAGGGGGGGGGGGGUUGAAAUGCAGCUGGCCAGACUUGUCAACUCAAAGCACGUGCGCACACAAACACGCAUACACACAUACAAUAUUUUUACUGUAACUUAAACUUGGUGAUUUUCAGUGUAAUUGUGAGAUGUAGACAGUGUCAGUAAUCAUGAAGUGGACAUAUAUUUGGUUAAAUGAUUUCCUUUAUAGGAAGCAGCCUU